UAAAGAUGGCACAAGUACUCUCAUUCUCUACUUUCAUCUCCACCACUCUUCUCCUCAUCUCCGCCGUUGCAGCCACCACAUUCGAGAUCCGUAACCAAUGCGGGUACACGGUUUGGGCCGCCGCCAGUCCCGGAGGCGGUCGCCGUCUAGACCCUGGCCAAACAUGGAUGCUAAGCGUGGCCCCGGGCACCAAAAUGGCUCGUAUUUGGGGUCGGACCAAUUGUAACUUCGACGCGUCAGGACGAGGCCGAUGCCAGACGGGAGACUGCACCGGCGGGUUACAAUGCACCGGUUGGGGCCAACCACCGAACACUCUUGCUGAAUAUGCUUUGAAUCAAUUCAACAAUCGAGAUUUCUAUGAUAUUUCACUCGUCGAUGGAUUCAACAUCCCCAUGGAUUUUAGUCCUACAAACCCGGGCUGUCACCGGAUUCUGUGCAACGCCGACAUAAACGGGCAGUGUCCGGGACCGUUGAGAGCACCAGGUGGCUGUAACAAUCCUUGUACGGUGUUCAAGACCAACGAAUAUUGCUGCACGGCCGGACAGGGAUCGUGCGGACCGACCCCUUACUCGAGAUUUUUCAAGGACCGAUGCCGUGAUUCUUACAGUUACCCACAAGACGACCCCUCGAGCACCUUCACUUGCCCUAGCGGAAGUACUAACUACAGGGUUGUGUUUUGCCCUUGGGGAAGUAGUGGACUCGACGAGUUUCCCCUUGAAAUGGUCGUUGAGGAAUAGACUCCAUAUAUGUGUGUGCAUGGAGUUUAUGUGUAACGUAUGUAUGAUAUUCACUCGCGUGGUCGUCAUAUGUAUAUAUACAUAUAUAUAUAUAUAUAUAUAUAUAUAUAUAUAU